UGGGCGGGGUAAAACAAUGUACGGAGUGGGCGUGGUCUAUGAAUGUUUACCUCUGCUGAUUCCCCGUAGGGGGCGGGGCUCAGCAGGGAUCCUUUGCGAUGUAUGUAAUGGCGUGGCUCCGCCCCUUCGGGGGAUGGACGUUGUGUGAGGUUCAGUCUACGGCAGGAAAUUCCGGACCGACGCUCCGUUGUUGUGGCCGGUUUGCCCCGGGGACUCCCCGUGAUGGAGCUGAGGUAUUGGGGUGGUGACUGGGGGCUCCCCUCCGUGCACCCCGAAUGCCUGGUUGUGCUGGCAUAUGCAAAAUUUGGUGGAGCCCCCCUAGUACUGAAUCCUGUGGAUUAUACCUGGGCAAAUUCACAAGAUGUAGUGCCCACGUUAACAUACCAGGACGACAUUGUUACGCAGCCUGUCAACAUUUUAAACUGUUUUAGGAAACAGAAAUAUAAUGCUGAUUAUGUGUUGUCGGCCAGAGAGGGAUCCGACACCCUGGCAUACGUUGCCCUCCUUGAAGAGAAGCUGCUUCCUGCAAUAUUGCACACAUUUUGGGUCGAUUCUGACAAUUAUUCCGGGGUGACGCGGCCGUGGUAUGCUUCACGGAUUCCUUUCCCUCUAUGUUUCUACUUGCCUGGCAAGAUGUCUAGAGAAGUUUUGAAUAGAAUUCUAGUGACCAAAGGACAGCCGCCGCUGUACAGCAUGAAUGAAGUGGAAGCUCAGAUCUAUAAAGAUGCCAAGGAAUGUCUGAAUCUCCUCUCCAACAGACUCGGAAAGUCGCAGUUCUUUUUUGGAGACAAGCCUACAACCCUAGAUGCCUUUGUUUUUGGUUUCCUUGCCCCCCUCUAUAAAGCUCGUCUACUCAAGGUUCAGCUACAAGAACACUUAAAGCAGCUUCCCAACUUGUGUGACUUCUGCGACCACAUUCUCUGCGCCUAUUUCACGGAGCAUGCUGAAGGAACCUCUCCUGCUGGCCAGGAAGCAAUAGAUGCAAACUUGCAGAAACUCACACAGCUUGUAAAUAAGGAGUCCAACCUAAUAGAAAAGAUGGAUGACAACCUCCGGCGAAGCCCUCCGAACCGUCCCAAGACCAUGACAACACUACAACCCUCAGCGUGCGCUGAACCCCGACAUUCCAGCCUUCUCCUCACUCCAUGAAUGGUGACUUGAAUCUCGCACCUGCCGCUCACCAGUUACGUCCAGGAAUUCUGUGUUCUGCCUCUUCUUCCUUGCGGCUGCUUGUGGCGUUAGUGCUGACUCUUUUUAAAGAUGAUGCUUCUCCAAAUAUUCAUAUGGGAGCAUAUUAAAAAUGCAAUAAACCGAUCACGGACCCUGUUUGUACCAUUAUGACGUAUUUUAUGCCAGAGACACACUAGCACAGUGUCAUUUCCCUAUGACUGGGAAUCCAUAAGUAGUCAACUGUGGUGUUCCAGGAGAUCUUUUCUCGACAGGAACGCACAAGCGUGCAUUUCCCUUAGAGGGGUUGUCCAUAAUUAUAACAAAUUCCCUGCUAUCUUUCAAAAACAGCACUACCACGAUCCACAGGUUGUGUGUGGUAUUGCAGCUCAGCCUCAUUCACUUCAAUAGAGCUGAGCUUCACACAACCUGUGGACAGAUGUGACACGGUUAUUGGACAAAAGUAGUCAUGUUUUCUAAUCCCGUAUAUCCUCUUUGAUAUAACAAACUUAUACUUUUUGUCGCAUUUGUUUUUAUAGCUUUUAGUAUAAACGGGUUUUUUCAGGACAGACAUUGAUAACCAAUCACUGGAAUAUCAACGCCAUCAAUGUACGAUUGGCAAAGUCCAACUAUUCUGACCCUGACAGAUUGCUAUACCAAAAUGGCAGUGGUUAUCUUGGCUAUGCAACUUGGUCUACUAGCGGUUUACUCCAGAGCUGCAUUCUCGGUCGGGCAAUCAUAGUCAAUGGGUAACCACAGUGCCUCCGAGGUAGAGCCAAGCGGAAGGACAGGAGACAAAGUGGCACAUUGCCUUCCUAGCACUGCUGAACCUUCAUUAAUGGUCAUUGGAGGUCACAGCAUUCAAAGCCGACCCAAGGAGACAUUGAUGGCAAUGCCUAGUGAAAUUCCACAAUUGCUGUCAUGAGAUAAGCGUUUAGUGCUUGCUGUUAUGUUCUUGUGUUGGUAAUUUCCCAAACCACGUGGGCAGCAUGUAAGAGUGACAUUCCCACAUGCAUUUGUCCUUGCACGCCCCCCGACAUCAGCUUGAGCCACAGUCCCAUUGUCUCUAGGGUGAGUAAAUAUUGUUGAUGCAGCAAGAAUUUGAGCUCAAAUUUCCUACAUUUCCUAUAGCUGGUCUUACACAUCAGAUUGUUGUCAGCUAAAUAUUUGUUUGACAGUUAUUCCUCCAGAUUCCUUCUUCCACAUGCAUACUGGGUUCAGCUGAGUGUGCAUGUGUUCUCAACCGGGAGGAUAAGCUGCUGCCAGAUACCUCAGGUGACUUCUCUCCCUUGAGAUCCAAAGGCAUGUUGAAAUCCAACUACCCAGUCCUUUUUUCCCACAGCAUCAACCAUUAAGGGAGAGUCACGACACCGCCAUACUUUAAACGUUCGAUCGGCGGGUUCGGCUGACAUUUAUCUAAUGCCCAAUUUAUGGCUCUUGGGGAGAUGUAUGUGCUGGCAUCCUGACGCUAGUGCUGCCCCUGUAUCUAUCUGUGAGGGGGUGAGUUACAACUUGAUUGAAAACCAAAAUUGUGUGUCUAGCAGUCUGCGGACUCUUUGUGGCACUAUUAUGACUUAUUGGAUUUUCUAUGACAUUCCCUGUGAAACUACAAGAGUAUUUUGUAUUGUACAGUUUAGUAAGCAUUUCUUAUAUAACUAUAUGAUAUAUCAGAAUGUCUUAGGCUACUUUCACACAGGCGUUUUGGUUUCUGUUUAUGAGAUCCGUUCAGGGAUCUCACAAGCGGUCCAAAACGGAUCAGUUUUGC